AUUCAAAAAAAUCGAAAAAAAAAAAAAAAAAAUUCAACCAUUCAACAUUCUCUCUCUACUUCUCUCUCAUGGAACCGAAUGAAAGUGGACUGAGCUCUUACUACCACCAACAGCACCACCCUCCACAACCACCACACCCUCAACACCUCCAGAUUCCCGCCACCGCCACCACCGCCUCCGCCGCCACUACUGCUGCCGCCACUUCCCCCACUAAUGGAAUUUUGCCCAACACCGACAGGGCGCCUCACAUGGUGUACCCUCACUCCGUUCCCUCGGCGGUGUCGACGCCGUUAGAGAUCGGCCGGAGGAAGAGAGGGAGACCCAGAAAGUACGGGACGCCGGAGCAAGCGGCGGCGGCCAAGAGACUGUCGUCGUCAUCGGCGUCUCUGUCUUCGAUGCCAAUUUCGCCGCCGAAGAAGAAAGACCAGUCCUUUGGGGCUGGUGGUGGUGCUUCUUCUUCGUCUUCCAAAAAAACCCAAUUGGCUGCUCUGGGCAAUGCAGGACAAGGUUUUAUACCGCAUAUUAUUGCUGUAGCCGCGGGAGAAGACGUCUCUCAGAAAAUUAUGGUAUUUAUGCAACAAAGCAAGCGCGAAAUAUGUAUUCUGUCAGCAUCAGGUUCCAUCUCUAAUCCGUCUCUACGCCAACCAGCAACAUCUGGAGGCAACAUUACGUAUGAGGGAGUGUUUGACAUCCUAACACUGUCUGGAUCUUAUGUCCGUACUGAGCUUGGAGGAAGAACGGGUGGACUCAGCGUAUGUCUUUCCAAUCCUGAUGGCCAAAUUAUUGGAGGUGGAGUUGGUGGACCCAUGAAGGCUGCAGGCCCAGUUCAGGUUAUAGUUGGUACGUUUGUAAUCGACAACAAGAAGGAUAUGACUGCUGGUGUAAAAGGUGAUGCUUCUGCUAGCAAGUUCCCAUCACCAGUUGGUGGAACAUCAGUUUCAAGUGUUAGCUUCCAAUCUGCAGUUGAUUCUGGAAGAAUCCCACUCCGGGGUAAUGCUGAUGAUCAAAGUAUGGGUGGUGGUCAGUAUAUAAUGCAACCUAGGACCAUGGCAGUAACGCCUUCACAGUCAAUUGAUUGGAGAGGUUCCGGUGGCACAGAUGGUAGAGGCAAUGCCAGUUACGAAUUAGCAGGAAGAACGAAUCACGGAGUUCACGAAUCUCCAGAAAAUGGGGACUAUUAGCAGAUUAACGCUAGGGAUUGGUCUUGCGACUUUGGAUAUGCUUUUGUGUCGAAGGUUUCUAUAUACUAGAGGUUCUUUUGUAAGGGCACGUAGAUGUACAACUCCUUCCAUCAUCUGGAGUGUAAUUUGAUACUGUACAGGUUACUGACAGUUUUUCAUUUUUUUUGGCAGCUGAUACUGUUUCACUAUGCAUCACAUAUUAGCAAUGGUUUCCUCUGUA